GUUUCAGCAAGAUUUUUCAAUACUUACGCCUAUAUAUACAGCGUGGAAUGAAGCUAUCAUUCAUUGCCUGCUAAGCAUUUUAUCCAAACUAAAACACCAUCCCAGGCUGCUUUGCUGGAAUAAACAUGAAACUUUUUCUGAUAAUAGCAUUCGUCUCACUCCUUACAACAACGAACAUGCGACAUUACUCCGACCUUUGCCGGGACCUUCUCUAUAAAUUCGAACGCCAACUGUCGGAUUUAACACCUGCUGAAGAAAGCUUAUAUAAAAAAAUGAUGCUUGAGUGUGCAAUACUAGCAAACUAUACUUCAUGUUACUGCCCGACUUUCUGCUAUAUCUUUGUACCAACAGUCAUUGUGGACAAGCAAUUCAGGAAAUAUCUGAACGCCACGUACUCCCAGGAAAAGACCUAUGAUAUGACCAAUUAUUGCGCCGAUUUGUAUGAAAAAAUGGUCGAUGACGAACUCCAAACUAGAGCAAGACGUCUUCUUUAUGGAACCCGAGCAGAAGUGGGACAUCCGUCUACUACAUCUAGGACACGAGCACCGAUCGUUUAUGUGACAUCUGCACUUUUAAUUACCAUUGCCUUAUGAGCCUUACGAUUUCUCUCAAAUAUCUCUUCUCUCGAACUCGUUGGAUAUCUGUUCAAUAGUUCACAAUUUUAUAAUUUGACACAUUCCCGCUCAAGAAGAUCAGUCUAUUUGAUCCCGUAUAAUCUCAAGCUGUUCUUGUAGUAUCAAGCUAUCACAAAUUUGAUAUUGCUUCCUUUCGACCAUCUUCCCUCCCCAAGACAAAAGUAUUGUUUACUAGAGAAUUCAAUUUUUUGCUCACACUGACUCCUGCAGUGAAUGAAAAAGUUUAC